CUGCUUUGGGAGCCACACUGUUGAUGCAGCCGCUCUGUGGGAGACGGAGCGACAGAGCAGGAGAGAGAGAGAGUGGGAGAGAGAGAAAGCGGUGUGUUCUUUUUUUCCUUUCUAAGGUCAACAUCUCCGUUUCAAAUCCGGGAUUAGGGGGGUUUCGUUUCUCUGCUUUUUAAUUUUCUGUCGCCCCGUUGGAAUCUUUCUUCUCUGGAACUGGAGAGAAGCGCAAGUGGAUUACUUCUUACUUCUUUGGAGCUGUCAACUUUCAACCCUCUCUCUCACAGUGUGGAGGACAGGAUUUCUAAAGGACACCCCUACCACCACCACCGUGUUUCACAGACGGACGCUGGAGGACCCCCGUGCCCGUCUGCCGUUGACACCCCUUCCCCUCCCCCUCCCACUCCGCCAGCCGCUCCUCACCACUGUAGCAGAUGGCGCUCUCCCAGAUGCUGCCCCGCCCCCACCACCCCUAGGACACCCCAACACAGCACAGAGUGGCGAGCAGGUGAGGGUGUCCGGGGUGUAUAGCGUGGAGGGUAGCCCUCUACUCAGUGACCCUGACAAGAUGGCCAGCACCUUGAGCCCCGAUGCCAUGGACACCAAGGUCAUCACGAAGGAGAUGGCCAUUAUCAGCAACUCCAUGGCUGCCUACUCUUUCAUCGCUGAUAAUUCGGAGCGAGCGGCGCUGUACUUUGUGUGUGGAGUUUGCCUGGGCCUGGUGGUCACCCUCGUAGCCCUAGUGGUCCAGAUCUCCUGCCGCACGGACUGCAGAGCGCGCCGCCGGGGCGCUCGGAACCGCAAGCAAGGGGGCAAGGCAGGGGCAGGGGCAGGGGCAGGGCCAGGGGUCACAGAGCCCGGCAGCAGCGGCACCAGCGAGUCAGACUCCGACGACUGGGACACCACGUCAGACCUGUCGGCCCGACGGCACCGGCGCUUCGAGCGGACACUCAACACCAACGUGUUCACGUCGGCCGAGGAGCUGGAGAGGGCGCAGCGGCUAGAGGAGCGCGAGAGGAUCAUCCGGGAGAUCUGGAUGAACGGGCAGCCCGACGUGCCGGGCACACGCAGCCUCAACCGAUACUACUGAACUACCUGGAGUUCUAGCCAGGCCGCGCCCUCCUAGUGACGCAACACCUUCAGCGUUGCCACUAGUCUGGUCAAGAGCAAUGCAAGUACUUUCUGAGCUCCUGAAAAAUCGGGAACUCUUCCCACUUUGUCGGGAAUCAGACAAUCAUUAGCAAACCAAGGGAGACGGGUCAACCAUGCCGUUUCGGAAAUGUUAAUUGUUAUGCUCUUGGUCAGACCAGGUCUCGGAGAGAUUUUAAAGUCGAUGAUCAUCAGGCUACUGGAGUGCCACAGAGGUGAAAAAAGAGCUCCAGGGUUGUUACUUGACUGGUGACAGUGGCUCUAUGGUGACUGGGAGACAAGACAGGUGAAGUCAAAACCCCACCACUUUCUUUUAAGUCUGCAGUGCCAUGGCGGUGUGUGAAGGUUGCUAGCCCUGAAGUGGUUGAGUGUUGUCUCAGGCCAUUGCUUCUUGCCUGGUUACACCUGAAAAGAUUGGGGAGAACAUACGUAUGUGAAAGGAAAGGGGUCAGAGGGGUGUUCCUGUUCCACUACUACACACACAACCCUUUGUCAGAACGCUCCUGUGUGAUGCGCCCAGUUCGGACAAGAACGUCAGCAGUAAAAACACGCAGCUCACAGCCGGGUCAUCUACAUGACUAGAGGAUGAUUGGAUGGGCUUCUAUCUGCCUCCCUUGAACUGUCAUCUACAGGGCCGCUGAUAGCUUUUGCUGGGCCCAGGACAAAGUCAUCUGAAAGAGCCCCCUAUCCAAUGCGUACAAUGUAAUGGGGACGCAACUCUGGGCCCCCUAUCUCCCUGGGCCCGGGACAACAAACCCCUUUGUGGAUGGGCCUGGUCAUCAACAUAUGCUGAGCAGGACAACUUUUGCUUUUUGGAGCGCAAGUACAUGAAGAGUUGCUGUGCUUGAUGACACUGGCAUUUUAGCAUGACCUGGGAAAUGUGUUCUGAUUCUGAACUAAAGAAUUCUGCUUUGUGCACUGUGGUUUAAAAUCAUGCUGACUUGGUGACCUUGUGGUUAUUUAAGACGUCCCACAAACAGGCCCAAUGAUAGCUCAUCUUUAAUUGAAUAUUCUGUUAUUGAAAUGAAUAAAUCUAUUUUUGUGUCUGUUGAUAAUUUCCAUAUAAGGGGACAGAGGUUGAGAUGAAAGGGAGUGAGCCUUUUUAGCCAUGGAAGAAGAACUAGAAAGAAAAUAAAUGAGAGAAAAUAUGAGGAAAGUAUGAGAAAAUAAACACUAAUCACAUGGUGAAUAAAACACUAUCUAUCAGCUGAUGUACCAGUUUAGUUCACACAGAUAGUACCUAUGUACACAAUGAAGGAUGCAAUAAACUACGUUCAGGGGAAUUAGGACUGUUCUAGAAGGGCCUGCCACUGACAGGGUGCCCUUUGAGGGGCCAUUAAUAUACAUUUCAUAGAUAUGCCUUGGUAAAUAUGAAUUGUUCAUGGGGUCCAAAGGGUCAUGUCUAGCAACGCCCCUGGAAACGUCCAUGGGUUGCCAGAUUGGGCGAUUACCCACCCAAAUAGUUGACUAUCUGCAGGUUUAAAAAAACAUAUUCACAAUUUCCUAAUGUCAAGUGUAUGAGUCAUGGUAGUGUGUCAUCCUUCGUAGUCAGGCACAGUGAUUGAAUACUCUUUGUUGAACUCUGCGGAGAACCCAACCACUAGGCAUGACUACGAAGGCUGACACAGUUCGAAGGGCGAACACUAGACAUUGGGAAAUGGUAAUUGAGUGGGUUUUGGUUUUUCAUUUAACUCGGGCAGGACAAAGUGCCUCUGGACAGUUUUUGAGUAUUUAUUGGACUGGAAAUAACCAGUCACAUCUGGCAACCCCAACUGUGAAUGACUGAACGCAGAUCAGGCCCAAAUCCCUCACAGUGGCACCUUGCUCUAUGUUGUGUCGGCCAUGCUGAAGUCCAUGCUCAGAGCAUUCAGUGUGCCAAGUGUUGUAUGUGUAAAUGCUUAAUGUACUGUAAUGAAGAAGACACGGAGCGUGGAGUUAGUUUGUCAGUAUUCCCUUGCCUCCUCUGAAUCUGGUUGCUGUACAGUAGUCCUCCUCCUGUGACUUGAAAAAAGUAAAUGAAAACCGAGUGACUUGCCUGAAACUGAAGAAAUCUGAGUGAAAAUCCAUAGGAAUACUGACAGGCUAUUUUUAAUGCACUACUGUUGUAAUUUUUUUCACAAAUGUGUUGUGUAAAAGUGUUGUUUUUAUGGAAACAUUAUUAAAAAAAGGCACCAGCAA